UUGGGGCAAUGCAGGACGGGGUAGGUGAGGGCAUGGAACAGGAUCACAGAGCAGCGCGACUGGCAAGGGACAGGGAGAAGAGGAGAAUGCAGAAGAUGGAGAAAGAAAUGAGAACCUCAUGGCUCUACAGGAAUAAGCUGCAUGCUGCAGCGAUGAAGGGAGACGACAAUCUUGCAAGGACGAUGCUAGCGAAGGACUCGUCGGCUGGGAUGAACCUCAACAAGGUUUUUGUGGACCAGACGUGGGUCGAAGAUGGACAGUCCCCGCUCUUCUUUGCCGCCAUCAAGGGACAGUUGAAAAUGGUACAAACGCUCAUCGACGCUGGUGCUAACGUGGACUUGAAGAACUACGAUGGUCGAACACCGCUCUCUCUGGCAGCAGAAUACGGAAAACAUGAGACUUGCACGCUGUUGAUCGACAACCAAGCUGAUGUCAACUCGAAGGACACUCGAGGCAGGACCCCGCUGCAUAUUGCUGUGCAGAAGAAUCAUGCGCGCACAGUUCGUGUCCUGCUCGAGAGGAAUGCGGACCCAUGCGCGUGUACACGAACACAGAGCUGGACACCGUUGCACUUAGCAGCGACCACGACUGGCUGUGAUAUCAAAAUCGUCUGUAUGCUGCUCGGAGGACCCUCGUACCCGUUGGACAACGAGGAAAUGGAAGCUAAGGAGGAUCGCGGCAUGACAAUGGCCCGCCUGCUGGAGGAUGAGACGGCGUGGUCGAACCAGGUGGAGCAGCUGAUUUCGAACAGCACGAGGAACGGGAACGCUCGAACUCGACUGCAGCACGUCUAUCCCUCUGACUGGCUGUACGAUGACGUGGGUCAGUUGUACCGAUUGUGCAUGCAGAGGUUUCCAGCGCUGCCGCUGCCGCCAUACCUGAGCGAUCUCUCCAUCAAGAGCGCCAUGGGCUGCACGCCUUUGGACGAGGUCUCUCGCGCAGACGGGAUGCGGAGUCUGUAG